AUUGCUUGCCUGCACUGCAAACCAGCCUGCGUGUACCGAGGCAGCCUACAGCCAGUUCCAGCGCUACAUGGCCAAUCCGAAUGACCCAGCCAACUGGGUUGACCCAGAUAUGAAAAGUGUUGUGUACUGCGAAGGUGUGCGCCAGGGUGGUGACGAGGCACUCAACUUCUUGCUGCAGCAGUACCGAAAUACCAGUGUCAUCUCUGAGAUGAAUGAAAUUGUAAUGGCAAUCACAUGCCAGUCUAGUCAUGCAGCUGUCAGACACGUGCUGCAGACGACUGCAGGUGGCACAGAGGGCAGCAUCCAUCAGAGACACCUACCUAUACUACUGGAGGGAGCACUAAGAAAGCACCGUGGAGAAGCUGUUGCUGCUGCAAUUGAGUUCCUGGUUGACAACCCAAAGGUUCUGCUUUCCCAAUACAUUGACAAGAAGACAAUCAGGAAGCUGCUCACUGAUGUCAUCCGUACGACUUGUGACCAACACCUACUUGAUAAAGUAAGCUUGCUGGCAACCUCAAUAGGGAACCAAGGACUGGCAUCAGCAGCAUCAUCAAGGCAUACUAGCUUAGUGCAUUGUCAUGCCUUGCAUCAUGCUGCUUCUCAUUGGUUACAGCGCUGGAUACAACAACGACAGCAUAAUGCUGUUUGAAGAAUAUGACAUACACCUUGCUAUACAAAUCUUAAAUGAUUUACAGUAUAAAAGGAGCUGAGUGCUUCAUGUCUUUAA